GAGGAAGCGCCGGCUAAUUCAAAGCGUUUCGGGGACCGGGAGGAAGGGGAGGGAGAGGGGAGGAGAGAGGAGGACAAGUGCGCUUGGCGAGAGAGAGAGAGAGUCCCGUUCACAUGGCAGUUCCGGACCCGUCAUGCCGGCGUUAAAACGAUUUGGGACCCGUUCUCGGAAAUGACACGCCGCCUUCGCUCGUCGAUGGGCUCCGAGGAGCUGCGCUGAGGAGACGCGGGUAGCGGUAGGAGAGGCUGUCGGAACGUCGUCAUGGACCUCUCCAGCCCGCAGCCUGCCCACCUGUAGCAUCUCCAGACAUGGCCCACACCACGGAGCGGAGAGGGAGCCCAUGCGGUGGGCCUGGAGGGGUCAUAAUGGAGAAUGGCUCAGUGGUGAAAGGCCAGUCAAACCACAACCACCACCAUGAUGCCAACAUGACCCCCUGUUGCCAGCAUUCUCAGCCCAGCUAUAAGCCAUCCUCCUCCCUGUCUCCCAUUUACUACAGCAGCCCUCAAAAGAGCCAUGAGGAAUUGGACCAGGACAGCCACAGUCUGGCCUCCCAGGACUCAGGCAUCCCAACUCUGGAGAUCAGUCAUCCUGAACCUAUCCUCCACAGCCACAAGAGUCUAGGGGAUGGAGGUCUCCGUUAUGACUCUCCAGCAACGUUAAUCCUGGAUGAGACCAUGGAUGGCAGCACCCUCCGCAAGUCCUCUACGUUCCCCCGUAGCACCUACGACUCAAUCCGUCUCUUUAGCCCCGCCCUGAAGCCGUCCAUUGCGACAGGUGUGGGCGGUGGCACCUUGAAUCGCAGCGAUGACAUCUCUGUGUGCAGCGUAUCGAGCAUGAGCACCGAGCUGUCUGCCACGCUCUCCGUGUCCAACGAGGACAUGCUGGACUUCAUGGUCACCUCCGACUCCAGUGCCAUUGUCACCUUGGAGACCGACGACAGCGGCACCGGUCAUUUCUCAGAUGUUACACUGUCAUCAUCGCCGGGAGACCUUCAGGACUUCUGGAGUCCCAUAAGGAGACAUCGGGGGUCGGGGGUUACGCAUCAAGAGGAUGAUGGCAGACAUAGGAGAAUGGGGCCGUUGGCUAGCUUCCUCAGCAGGAGCCUAUUUCCCAAAAAGGUGAAGGACAGUCGGCCAGUGGAGCAGAGGGAACCAGGCUGGAAGCUGUUUGGGAAAGUCCCACCAAGGGAACGCCCCAGCAAAGAUCCCAAGAGAAUACAGAAGGGUGAGCCUUUUGUGGGGGAGGUCAUCCAGGUGGUGGGUGAAGAGGUGGAAGUGAGCUGCAUGCAGCAGCUGGGUGGGAAGAAGGUCUUCACCUGGCCUGGUCCACCUCACCUCCUGUUCUGCUAUGAGCCCCAUGGCUCCUGGCAGGACGCCGGUUUUCGGCUCCGCGCCGCCGCCGUGCUCCCGCCGUCUCCCGCCGUCCAGUCACCGCACGCUUACAAGUCCAUAGCCUCGGUUUCAACAGCCCGCCUGCAAGCGUUGACCUCAAAUGCGCCGUGUACAUCGCGGCGGGUGAGGGAGCUUUGGUGGCAAGGUGUUCCUCGCGUCAGAGGCAGGGUGUGGAGUCUGGCUGUGGGCAACGAGCUCAACAUCACCCACGAGCUGUAUAACAUCUGUCUGGCCAGGGCCAAAGAGAAGUGGAAGACCAUGCCAGCGCCUGCCUCUGAGACGGAGGCUGAAGAUGCCGGUUCAUCAGAUCGGGAGUCAAGCCUAGAGCUGAUCAAACUGGAUAUCUCCAGGACUUUCCCCCAUCUUUGUAUCUUCCAGCAGGGCGGACCCUACUAUGAUGUGCUGCACAGUAUCCUGGGAGCAUACACUUGUUACCGGCCGGACGUAGGCUAUGUGCAAGGAAUGUCGUUUAUUGCUGCUGUGCUGAUUCUUAACUUGGACACAGCUGAUGCCUUCAUAGCUUUCGCUAAUCUGCUCAACAAGCCCUGUCAGAUGGCCUUCUUCAGGGUGGACCACAGCCUUAUGUUGACCUAUUUUGCAGCAUUUGAAGUGUUCUUCGAAGAAAACCUACCAAAGCUCUUUGCACAUUUCAAGAAAAACAACUUGACACCCGAUAUUUAUUUGAUCGACUGGAUCUUCACGCUGUACAGCAAGUCCCUGCCACUAGACCUGGCGUGCCGGGUGUGGGACGUGUUCUGCCGUGACGGUGAGGAGUUCCUGUUCCGCACAGCGCUGGGCCUGCUGCGCCUCUACCAGGACGUGCUGACAUGUAUGGACUUCAUCCACAUGGCCCAGUUCCUGACCCGCCUGCCCGACCUCAUCCCUGCCGAGCAGCUCUUCCAGCACAUAGCCGCUGUACAUAUGACCAGCCGCAACAGGAAAUGGGCGCAGGUUUUGCAGACCUUACAGAAGGAGCAGGAGAAGAGCAGUCCUGUUCUAAGGCGAUGAGCUGAGUUCCAGGUCAGGAGAGCCCCCACUACCGUCGCACACGCCAGCACCAACCCAGUUCUCCUCCAGAACUCUGUGGAAACACUGGACUUCUAACAAGGCGGUAUGGGGUGCUGACUCUCCACAGCAUGGGCCUAGAAGCUAGACCCAAGAGAGGUCUUUUGCAACCCUGAGAUAACUCUGGUUCUGGAUCCAGCAGACCAGAUCACUGUGGUUCCCCAGAACGUCUUCCCAGAAACUGGGUCAAAGAUGCAGAAGAACCAGUCAACCAGUAGGAGGUCUAGAAGUGGUGGAGGGGGAGUGGAUACGAAGCCUUAAAAGUCCCCCAACACUCGUCAAAUGCUGUGCCCCCUUUCCUUGUCCCUAGGCUCAGCCUUGUGACCUGGCGGCUGUUGCAGGCAGAUGCUGAAUGAUGUAUCAUACACUCCUAGAUCCCCCGAGCUGAGCCGGGGGAUCCACGGACCACCGGAAACCACAGGGAUACCAGUUGGCUAAAUGAAACCUCUACCACUCUCCCUUCCAUCCUCUGUGGCUAAAGUCACACUUGUUUCAAUUCACCCUUCAUCUCAUUACAGUACACACAGGAACAGUAGGAAAUCAGGUUCUGUUCAAAUUCCUUGUGGUUUUUCAGGCUCUUGUUGGAAUUCUAGACAGCCUGGAUGCAGUCCAGCCGCAGAGAGGUGGAGCGCUGAAAAGAUGUUGAGGGGGAAAGUGGGAAGCUGCUGCAGAGCCAUACUGAAAUGAUUACGGCCGCAUGACGCUAAUGACAGUCGUUAAGUGACGGUCAGUAGUGGAAAUAUUGAUCUCCAAAUCCCGUCUUUAGAAAUCAGUUAUGAAAAAUCAUGGCGAAAUGACAACCUUAACCUCAGCCUCUCACUCGCCCUUUCAUUCUUCCCUCCUACCUCUCUGUCUUGCUCUUUUCUGUCUGCAGUUUGCUCCAUGUCUUUUCCAAUCCUUCAGUAAGGACAAAGUCAUUUUUAAACUUUCGUUGACUGCCUCUCGUGACCCCAGUGUGGUUUUUAUUUGUAUGUUAUCCACUUGUCGGGUUGUAUUUAUUUUGUUGUUUCUCCAUCAUUCCAUGAAGUAAGUUAUCCUGAAUAAAAGGUUGCCGCCAUGGUGGCUAAAGGCUGCCGUUUGUGGGAUGAGUAAA